UGCCCAACGCUAGAGUUACAGAUCGCUGCAUCCAACUUCUCUAAUCCUUCACCUUCUGCCAUCUCUACAUUGUCAUCAUGUCGCCAACCGUGCCCGCCACUGUCCUGGGUGCCAUGGAGAUGGGGCAAAGCAUGGACGUGACCUCCAGCACCGCCUCGGUGCGUGCCUUCCUGCAGCGUGGCUACACUGAGAUAGACACCGCCUUCCUGUAUGGGGAAGGCCAGUCUGAGACUAUCCUAGGUGGCCUGGGACUCGGGCUGGGCCGCAGCGGCUGCAAAGUAAAAAUUGCCACCAAGGCUAUUCCAUUGUUUGGGACCACAUUGAAGCCUGAUGAUGUCCGGUUCCAGCUGGAGACAUCCCUGAAGCGGCUGCAGUGUCCCCGGGUGGACCUCUUCUACUUACACUUACCAGACCACAGCACCCCUAUAGAGGAGACCCUGCAGACCUGUCACCAGCUGCAUCAGGAGGGCAAGUUUGUGGAGCUUGGCGUGUCCAACUAUGCCUCCUGGGAAGUGGCUGAGAUCUGUACCAUCUGCAAGAAAAAUGGCUGGAUCAUGCCAACUGUGUACCAGGGCGUGUACAAUGCCACCACCAGGCAGGUGGAGAAGGAGCUCCUUCCCUGCCUGAGACACUUUGGACUGAGGUUCUACGCCUACAGCCCAUUGGCUGGAGGCCUGCUGACUGGCAAAUACAAAUAUGAAAUAAAGGAAGAGGAGCAGCCCUUGAGCCGCUUCUUUGGGAAGAAAUAUGAUAAUUUCUUCAGGAAAAACUACUGGAAGGAAAGCUACUUAAAGGGCAUUGACCUUGUGAAGGAGUCCUUGAAGACCACCUAUGGCACCAGAGCCCCGAGCAUGACCUCGGCUGCCUUGCGGUGGAUGUACCAUCACUCACAGCUCCAGGGCUCCCAAGGAGAUGCAGUUGUCUUGGGCCUAUCCAGCCUGGAGCAGCUGGAAGAGAACUUGGCUGCCACUGAGGAAGGGCCCCUGGAGCCAGCUGUUGUGGAAGCCUUUAACCAAGCCUGGAAUAUGACUGCCCAGGAGUGUCCCAACUACUUCAGAUAGACCAUCCUGGCUCACAGCCAGGGGCUUUUCUGCCACCUCUUGGAAUCACACCCUGGCCAUUCCUUGCCUUAUGCUGCCUUCGUGUGGUCUUUUCUGUCAGUCUCAACCCAUGCAAUGUUCUAGAUUGCAGCCCUGCUUGCUUCCUGAAUAAAGGAAUUAAUGAAUUUUAAUAAAUUUAAAGGAAUAAAUAAAUUAUUCAUUUUCUGAAUGAAGCAGGUGUCUGAGGAAUCUGCAGUUCAGACUGACUGUCUCUGAGAGACCAAAGUAUUAAAAAUUAGAUUUUUUGGUUAUUGAAUUAAAGUUUAAAGCACAAGCUUGAACGAAGGCCAGCCAGGUAGAGACAUAUCCAGGCACCUGCAGGGAGGAACUAGCCUCACCCCAUUCUUUUCCUACCUACUUGAGAUACAGGUGCUAGGAAACCAGUCCAGAUGGCCAGGCCAGAACCGUUUAUGGACUGGUCACCUAAAGUAAACAAAUUAUUUCAAAAGUCAAUUUCCCUUACCUCUUGGUGUAAUGACACAGCUUGGAGCCCCCUCCUCUCCCGCUUACAGUUUUGCCCUUUACAAACCUUGUUCUCUAGACCUUUCCACCUCACUCCUCCUCUUCACCAGGGAGGUUGCUGCAUCCUGGGCUCAAGCUUGUAUCAAAUAAAUCUUCAUGUGUUUGGCAACA